AUGUCGACUCAAGUUCAACACGCCUAUGCAAAUGGCUAUGAUAUGGCGCUGAGGUACAACACCGACGGACUCGGAAUCACUUACAUCGGUCUCAUCAUCGCGUGGACCUGCCUCUUACUUCCUGCUGCUGUAUUUCUCAUGCGCAAUCGACACUUGCCGUACCUACGCAUUCGGAACAUACCUCUAGCGGUCAGUGCUGUUGCAACUCUCCAUGUGUACUGGGUCUUGUGCAUGAUCGCCUAUGUCCUGAAUGGCUACUUUCCCUGUGCCACUGAAUACUGGAUUAUGAGUAUCUAUCUCCCACUGGGCAUCGCUCUAUUUCAAGCGACAAACUCUCAAUUACUCUCUGUUGCGACGGCACAGAAGAGAUAUGCGCACGGAGAUGUUCUGGCCGAAUCCCAGCCGAUCACAGACCGGAAGACCCCAGUAUGGCGCAAGUGGUGGCGCAGACUCAAGACAUACAACGCUACGAAGAAUACUAUGGCAUGGAUUGGGAUUGGUAUGAGUGUCCAAGUUGUCUUUGCACUCAUCAUCUUUCUUGCCUCCCGAAAAUUCCACCCGGGGUUCGGAGUUACAGGACAGGUGACCACAAGAUCACUCUGCCGACGUGGAUGGGAAUGGUGGCCUUCAAUCGUGUGGCAAAUCGUCUGGUCUUGGAUGUAUGCUCCUGUCCUUCUCUGGAGAGUCCGGAAUAUCCAUGAUGUUCACGGAUGGCGGACGCAAACCAUCGCUUGCAUUGUUGCUGGGUUACCUGCCUCACCUAUGUGGUUAGUCGCACUGUAUGCUGGACCGUUACAAACGACAGUCGACAAGUACUUUGUCCCUCCCUUAUGGUUUUCUCCUUCGAUUGUCAUCAUGCAAGCUUCGGUCAUAUUUGUUCCUUUCUUUCAGAUAUUCAAGAACAGAAAACUCGAGACCGAAACACGCGAGAUCAUCGCCGAGUGGGAGGAAAAGCAGAAAUUCAACGGCUCGCUGAACGCAGGGUCGACCAAAGCCGGCGUGCGAUCACGGACUUCUACACGCCAAUCUGUCAAGAGCACCACAAGCGCCCGCCAAGGAGAGAUGUACACUAUGAGCGCGCUCGAGACAACGCUGAAGUUGAAUCCUACACCUCUUCUCAUGUUCUCGGCGUUGAAGGAUUUCUCGGGAGAGAACAUCAGCUUCCUGAUCCACGUACGAGACUGGAAGGCUGCCUGGCUUACUGCCACUCCAAGAUCCGGGAUGCUGCGCAAGCAAGGACAUGCCAGGACGAACGACCAGGAAUUGACGCGGCGGCAGUUUCAACAGGCGGUUGGAAUCUAUGCCUCCUUUGUGAGCCUGAACUAUUCCGAGUUUCCGAUCAACAUCUCUUCUGCUCAUCUCAGAGACCUGGAGGCGAUCUUCGAGCAAUAUGCUGCCCUCGUCUGCGCAGAACCAACAUCGAAUGCUGCCACGCCCUUCGAAAACUAUUGGUCCUCUACCGUCUCCGAGGACCUAGAAAGUCAAAUGGGGAAAGAUCAAUUGUCGGUCGUGUCGACACUAGUAGGAGAAGGUGGGAGAGGGGAGUUGAGACGCGAAAACAGUGAAUCACUCCAACUGCAACAGUUGAAGAUGACCAAUUUCGGCGAGAGACUGCCCGCUAACAUCGGCAUUCCCGACGCUUUCGACGAAACGGUUUUUGACAAGGCUGAGCUCAGCAUCAAAGAAUUGGUCCUGACCAACACAUGGGCCAAGUUUGUCAAAGCUGGCUUCGCUCAAAACAGUGUCAAGUCGAGCUUCACUGCUCGUCUCGAGGCGGUAGUCGACUCGUGUCGACUUCGAAUCCCAAGCCGACUUCCAAAGCUUGCUGGCAAGCCAAGGAAAUAA